GUGCUCCAUCUCUUCGCUCCAGCGUUUGUCUUCCGUAUUACGUUUUUUUGCAGAGGGUGGGUACCAGCAUGGAGUGGGAAAGGACUUUGACAUUCCCAUGGCUCAAUCCACAUUUUGUGGCGUAUUAAAAGACGUGUUACACACUCUUCAAUGUCACCUAUGUCCUCAGUGGGUGAAUCUGGAUUUAAGCAACGAAGAAAAAAGACAAGCAAAGAUGGACUUUUAUCAAAAAUAUGGAUUUCCUGGUGCGAUUUUAUGUGUAGACGGAACACACAUUAAAAUUGUUGCGCCAGCUAAGGACAAAUUCCUGUAUUUUAAUCGUAAAGGGUACUAUAGCAUCAAUGCUAUGAUUAUAUGCGAUAAUAAAAUGAGAAUUCGCUACGUGAAUGCGCAGUAUCCUGGCAGCAACCACGAUGCUCAUAUUUGGAACGUAAGCAGCGCGCGAAAUUUUUUUGAAAAUAAAUACCUAAACGGCGAACGAAACACUUGGCUUUUGGGAGACGCUGGAUAUGCUCUAGAGCCAUGGUUAAUGACACCUUUUCGUUCACCUACAACAGGAAGCGCCGAAGGAAACUACAAUAAAAUACAUGCAAAAGCCAGAAAUACUAUAGAAAGGACCAUAGGUGUAUUUAAGAACCGAUUCAGAUGCCUUCUGGGUGCUCGUGAGCUUUAUUAUGAACCCAUGAAGGUUUGCCAAAUAGUGAACGUUGCCGCAGCAUUGCACAAUAUUUGUAUGCAUUAUCGCGUGGUUGAUGAUUUUUCAGAAAAUGUUGAAGAAAACCAUUUUAAUCAAACGUGUGAACCUUCUCCUUCAACAUAUACUGAUGCAGCUAUUCGGAUAAGGGAAUCUAUAUCUGCAACAUUAACACGACUAUAG